AGCAGGGCCUCCCGCUGCAACAGCGGGUAUCUGAUGCGGAGGCGAAAGGAUCCUGCCUUGAUCCCAAACUCUGAAAACCGCAUUUCCACCCAAACACCAGACGCCGACGCGGUCGCCGCUACCGUUUUCCCCACAGCUAGGCCUCUUAACCCCAGGCGUGCUUGUCCUCUGGGGUCUCUGUCCUGCUCUGCCAUUCCCCAGGCUGGGCUAAGGAUGAGGAGGUGGUCCGGAAAAGGAUUCCAAACUUCUAAGGGACGUAGGUGAAGCGAAAGUUUCUCCUUCGAGCCCUUGGCCCAGCCCUGCCGGCUCUGCCUGGGCGCUGUGAGUGGGCCACGGCAGCCCGGUUAGGAAGACCAGCCGGAGCUCUCGCGGGGGAAAGGGGAGGAGGACCCCCGUGGCAAUAAUUGUUUUUUACACACAUCUUUCAACCUUGUCCCCCAUUUCCGCCCUCAACUCAGAGACUUGCAAAACCCGAGUAAAGGAAAAGCAACUCAAUGUUUGAUUCAUCUCAUCCAGAGUUAAAAUAAUAGUGACAGGGAGAAGAACACAAAUAGAAGUAAUCCCACUCUCGAGAAAGUGGAUAAAGGCUCAACCGGUCUCUCUUCUAAAAGACUCAACCCUGCGGGUGAGCCUAGGCCGGGUUUCUUUCUCGCUUGGCGGUUGCGGGGAGCCAGCAGGGAGGCAGUCGUCGCCGCCAUGGCAGUCUGGGGCCCGCGCUCCCGCCGAUCACCGGGAGGUGGCGCGCUCUGCUCAGAGGCCGCCGCCAACCUUCUCCCUGUUUCUCCCCCUUCUUUUUUCCCCCUCUCUCGGAGGCUCGCAUUGAAUCGGCCCUAACGAUUCUCGGAUCGUCAUUAUUUGUAACCAUAGAGCAUGAAUUACCUCUUGAGGUCAUCAGCGAGAAUUUACGACUGGUCAACAAAAGCACGUGAUUCCCUAACGCCCCCCCAUCCCCCUUCCAACCCCCCCCCUCAUAUUUGGCCGCAUACAUAGCAAAACGAAGUACAGUGCAUCGCUAUAAUUCAUUAAUACAUCAUAAAUCGUGAAGCACAGGGUUAUAACGACCACGAUCCACAAAUCAAGCCCUCCAAAAUCACCCAAAUGAGCUCGUACUUUGUAAACUCCUUCUCGGGGCGUUAUCCAAAUGGCCCGGACUAUCAGUUGCUAAAUUAUGGCAGUGGCAGCUCUCUGAGCGGCUCUUACAGGGAUCCCGCUGCCAUGCACACCGGCUCUUACGGCUACAAUUACAAUGGGAUGGACCUCAGCGUCAACCGCUCCUCGGCCUCUUCCAGCCACUUUGGGGCGGUGGGUGAGAGCUCGCGCGCCUUCCCCGCGCCCGCCCAGGAGCCCCGCUUCAGGCCAGCGGCGUCGAGCUGCUCCCUGUCCUCGCCCGAGUCCCUGCCUUGCACCAACGGCGACAGCCACGGCGCCAAGCCCUCUGCCUCGUCCCCCUCCGACCAGGCGACCCCGGCCAGCUCCAGCGCCAAUUUCACCGAAAUAGACGAGGCCAGCGCGUCCUCGGAGCCUGAGGAAGCGGCGAGCCAGCUAAACAGCCCGAGCUUAGCUCGGGCACAGCCAGAACCCAUGGCCACCUCCACAGCCGCACCCGAGGGGCAGACUCCGCAGAUAUUCCCCUGGAUGAGGAAGCUUCACAUCAGCCAUGAUAUGACCGGGCCAGACGGGAAAAGGGCCCGGACAGCCUACACCCGCUACCAGACCCUGGAGCUGGAGAAGGAGUUCCACUUCAACCGCUACCUGACGCGGCGGCGGCGCAUCGAGAUAGCCCACGCGCUCUGCCUCUCGGAGCGCCAGAUCAAGAUCUGGUUUCAGAAUCGGCGCAUGAAGUGGAAGAAAGACAACAAACUGAAAAGUAUGAGCCUGGCCACAGCCGGCAGCGCCUUCCAGCCCUGAGCCCUCCGGGAGGAGUCCUGGGUGGCCCAAGUGCCCGUGCCGCCCCCAGCCCUGGCCCCUCUGAGCCUCCCCACGCUGCCGCCGCCCGCUGGGGACCGGUUCCCACGAGCCUGCCUUGCCCUGGCCUUGUGUUACGAUUUUUCGUUUGGUCUUAGGUCUUCCUGUGGCUCCCUCUCUCCUGAACUGGUUAAUCUUGUUAUUAUUGUUAAUAAUAAUGAUAAUUAUUAUUUUCCCUCCAUGCUCCUCACUCCCCUCCACUCACCCCAAAUCCACCAGUGUUUCUGAAUGUUCGUGUCUGUGGUUGCACUCCUUCCCCCAGGAAGAAAAGAAACUCGCAUGUUUAAUGUGAACUUUCCCCUCCCCAUCUUGUUCUUCUAACUUAUUUAUAAAAGGAUGAUCGCUGUAUUUUGAGUUUCAGCUUGAAACUUCUCUAAGGGGCAGCAGUUGAGGUGGGGUGGUGCCGCAGUACUGGGGCCCAGCUGAGCUGGCCUCAGAGAUGGAGUCCAUGACUGACUCUUUCCACCCUCCUCUUCCUCCUCCACCCUCUCUACUCCCUGGGCCCAAGUCUCCCAGUGGCUUGGUUCUAGGGUGGGAAGCGGCCAGGGAGGACCAAAGGGGUGAUGUUGAGAAGAGGGAAGGUAAAUAGUGAGAUUUGAGUUCCUGCCACCUGGGUAGGCCCCACAAGGCCUGAUCUGGGAGUGUAUGGAAACAAAAAUAAUCCUCGGUGUAAAAUGUCUUGUGUAUUUCUCUGUGAAUCCAUGGGUCUGGUGUAGAGGGCCCAAAGCUUAUAAAUAUGGGGGUAGUCUGGGUCAGACCCAUCCCUUCCCCCCUAACCCAUUUCGCUUCCAAGACCAUUUGUAGUGAGCGAGUGGACGCUGUGCUACGUGUGAAAUCUGUCUUUGCCCAGCCUGUCUCAGUGAUUCGCUUUUGGUAUUUGUUUGUAGCUUUCCUUGAAGUCAAAUAAAUGUUUCCCUUACUCCA